AUGAUAAUAACUUUUGAGUGUUUAUUUGUGACUCCUUGUGGUGCAAAGCAGAGAAUAACCGAGUGUUCGUCCGUUCGUCCGCAGGUGAACAUCGGCAUCGAGGACGUGAACGACAACGCGCCCGAGUUCGACUCCGGGACGGUGCGCAUCUCGGUGCCGGAGAACGUGGAGCUGGGCAUCCCGCUGUACGCGGCGCACGCGCGCGACCGCGACUCGGAGCUGAACGGCGUCGUGCACUACCGGCUGGCGGGCGUGACCGGCGGGGGCGGCGGCGGCGGCGCGGACGGCGGCGGGGGCGGCGGAGGCGGGCCCUCAGGCCUCUUCGCCAUCGACUCCCGCCUGGGCCACCUGACGCUGGCGCGCCACUUGGACUACGAGACGGCGCAGCGCCACAGCCUGGUGGUGGUGGCGACGGACGCCGGCGACCCGCCGCUCUCGGCCAACCUGAGCGUGCUGGUGGAGGUGCAGGACGUCAACGACAACCCGCCCGUCUUCGAGCGGCCCGAGUACUCCGUAAACGUGCUCGAGUCGCUGCCCGUCAACUCGCAGGUGCUACAGGUGACGGCGGUGGACCUGGACACGGGAAACAACGCCCGCCUCACCUACCGCCUGCUCAAGUCGGGCGAGGGCGACGGCGAGGGCGACGGCGACGGCGACAGCGACGACGCGGUGUUCGGCGUCUUCCCCAACAGCGGUUGGGUGUACCUGCGGCAGGCGCUGGACCGCGAGGCGCGCGACCGCUUCGUGCUGACGGUGGCGGCGACGGACAACGGCACGCCCGCCGGCACGGCCACGGCGCGCGUCACCGUCACCGUACUGGACGCCAAUGACAACGACCCGCGCUUCUCGCGCGACGAGUACGACUUCGCCGUGGAGGAGAACCUGCCCCGGGGCGCGCUGGUGGGCCGCCUCACGGCCUCCGACGCCGACCUCGACGCCAACGCCGCGCUGCGCUUCCACCUCAUCCCGGCCAACAGCAGCUUCCAGGUCAACCCCGUCACUGGUGAGUAG